ACGCUCCGACCCAGCUGGGGCACAGCGCUCGGUCGCGCGGCUCGGGCGGGAAGGCCACCCUGCGGCAUGAGGGGCUGUAGCCUGGCAGCUCCCUCGUCCUCCCUCCGGCGCCAUGGAAUGCCUGCGGAGCCUGACUGGGAUCCUGCCCCGCUCGGCGGGGCUGCCCCGGAGGACCCUGUGCGCCCUGGCCUUGGGCCUCUGCCCCGUGGCUCGCCCCGUGACCUCCUGCGGCCGCGCGAGCCGCUCGCUGGGCAGAAGCCGGGCUGCUGCGCUCUGCGGGCCCAGCCGGACCCGCGUGGCAGGUGAAGUGCACCGGUUUAGAACUUUCGACGUUUCUCAAGCCACUCUAGCCAGCGUAGCCCCCGUGUUCACUGUGACAAAAUUUGACCAAGAAGGAAAUGUUACCUCUUUUGAAAGGAAGAAAACUGAAUUAUACCAGGAAUUGGGUCUCCAGGCCAGAGACUUGAGGUUUCAGCAUGUGAUGAGCAUCACGACCAGGAGCAACAGGAUUAUCAUGAGGAUGGAGUAUUUGAAAGCUGUGAUAACUCCAGAGUGUCUUUUGAUAUUAGAUUAUCGUAAUUUAAAUUUAGAGCAAUGGCUGUUCCGGGAACUUCCAUCACAACUGGCUGGAGGUGGUCAGCUUGUUACAUACCCUUUACCUUUUGAGUUCAGAGCUAUAGAAGCACUCCUACAGUACUGGAUCAACACCCUUCAGGGGAAACUUAGCGUUUUGCAGCCACUGAUCCUCGAGACCCUGGAAGCUUUAGUGGACCCCAAACAUUCUUCUGUAGACAAAAGCAAACUGCACAUCUUACUGCAAAAUGGCAAAAGUCUGUCAGAGUUAGAAACAGAUAUUAAAAUUUUUAAAGAGUCAAUUUUGGAGAUCUUGGAUGAAGAAGAGUUGAUAGAAGAGCUCUGUCUGACGAAGUGGAGCGACCCCCACAUCUUUGAGAAGAGCAGUGCUGGGAUCGACCACGCAGAGGAGAUGGAGCUGCUGCUGGAAAACUACUACCGCUUGGCUGAAGACCUGUCCAAUGCAGCCCGGGAGCUCAGGGUGCUCAUUGACGACUCUCAGAGUGUUAUUUUUAUCAAUCUGGACAGCCACCGGAACGUGAUGAUGAGGUUGAAUCUACAAUUGACAAUGGGAACCUUCUCUCUUUCACUCUUUGGACUAAUGGGAGUUGCUUUUGGCAUGAAUUUGGAAUCUUCCCUUGAAGAGUGAUCUGAAUGUACAGUUGGCAGCCUGGUGCCUGAUUCAGUGCGCAUCAGUCCAGAGGUCUGCUGUCCCUUUCUGGCUGUCACCCUGAUCCAGUCUACAUCUUCCCUCAUCAGGACUGCUGUACACUUGUAACGAGAGCUCUUUUAAAAACAUAAAUAUUAUGACACUGUUUCGUGGCUUUCAGGUAGCCAUAAGAUCAAAUCCCUUGCUCUGUGUGGCAUGAUUUGGUCUGCUCCCCUGUAGCCUCAGCCACUCAGGACAGAUUUCCAAAGACUCCUCUGACACGCUGCCCCAACACUGCUGCUGCCCUGCCCUCCCGUCGUUAUUGCCGAGUUAACUCCUACUCAUCUCUCAGGUCUCAACUUCCAUCAUUGCAUAACCCAGACAGAAAAUAUAAUGUCCUUCACAGGUGAUCCUGUGCUUCCCUCUGCACGGGCUCCAGAUUUGCAGUGCUUAUUUAAAAUCUGCAAAAGAUCAAGCUCCCUGAAACAAAGUCAACACUAGUCAUUACUGAUGCUUCUUGUGAUGAAAUGUAAAAGGAGGAAAUACAUUUGUUCAUUGGUUCAGUCUCUUCACAAUACAAAAGCUUUUCUUACAAAAUAAAGUGUCUAAAUUUUUCCAAUAAAAGACAUACUGCCAUUAACUCACCUCAGAAUACUCACUCCACCCUUGCUUCAAGUAGGAGCAUCCCAUUGUUCUUGGCUGUGUCUACAGCAGAUCUGGAGGUCUUCUUUCAUGAGUGUCUUUACUAUGUCUGACCAUAAAUGUGGUGACUGCUGUUGCUGAGUGUGGAAAGGCAGACUCGUAAGGACAUUAGUGUGUCCUCGCCUACAUUGUUCACUGGUUCUGGUCACCUGUGACUUUGGGCUCUUGUCCAGAGUCAAAAUGACCAUAAAAGUUACAUGUUUUGAACCAGUUCAGGAUAUCAAGGACAGCCAUGUCAGCACAGCUAAAGACAUAAAAGAGGAUUUGAACUGCUUUAAUAAGUGGCAA